ACACUAUCUCUUUCAUUCACGCCACAAGUACUCUCAGAGUUUCUUCCCAAACGACUUGCUCUCUUUUUCUUCCAAUCCCUUCCUGCCUUCUUCUCUUUCUGUGGUUCUUCAAUCGAUUUGGGUACAUUUCAAAUUCAUGUAGAUUGAAGGUUAUGUAAGGCACACAAUCUUCUGUUGAACUGUCUGGUUUGAUUCUCUUUUUUUGAUUAUAAUGUAAAAACGAAGUAAUUAGUACUCAAUUGGAUCGUUCUACGGUUAUCUGAGUCUUAGUUUUCAUAUUUUUUGAGCCUGCAUUCUCGCUAAUUUCACAUUAAGAUCGAAUUAUUCUUCGUUUUUGGAGAUACCCAUUUGCUUGAAUUGGUUUGAAUUCUUCUUUUUGUAAAUGGGGGUUCGUUAGAGUUUCCAUUUUUUCUCUCUCUGGAUUCCACCUUUUCUUCAAGUUCUCAACAGAUAUCUUGAAGUCUGUUUGCUUUCUCAAGGCUCAUAACAUGUAAUUGUUCUUGUGAUUUCCACUGCCUUCCAACUGUUCGAUGAAAUGAACUUGUUUUUACUCCAACAUAGAAGUGUAGUGAGGUAAUGGAUCUGCUGUUUGAUCAAAUCCAACGUUAGUUGAGGGGUCUCAAGCAGAUGGGGAGUGCUUUGCUAUUUCGUUGAUUUAUCAAGUUAUUGAAUAACAAUGAUUUCAUCCCGUUAAUUUCAUUAACAGUCGCAUACGGGCAUGGAGUUUAAGUAGGGAAGAACAACCUAUUUUGGUUCACAUUAGUUACUAAUUUGAUUCUUUAACUAUUCUUAGCAAUAUAUACUCACUGAUUCUUUAGUGAUCCCCUGAGAUGUAAUUAUAUUAGCAAUUGCAGAUAUUAUAACUUCACGGAUUUCAUGGGGGUUAUUACAUAACAACACAAAUGAUUCAGCAUAAUUACUUCAGUCAUCACUCUUUUAGUGAUGUAGCAAAAGUCCUUGUAUUUCUGCCCAUUUCUUUACAUAUCUUUCGUGUGCAUGUUUGAAUUGUUGUGUUUUUAGCCUCUCAACCCUUUUCGUCCACUUCAAUUGUUGUCUUAUCCUUUCGAUUGUCCAAAAAGAGAAGAAAAACAAACACAUAGUAAGAGAGUAUAUAUAAAGGGUUGUAUAUAUACAAAAUAACGUAUAUCUAUGGAAGAAACAUUCGUUCCCUUCCAUGGAAUCCGUAAUGAUCUCAAAGGAAGAUUACUGUGCUACAAGCAAGACUGGACUGGAGGCAUCCGGGCGGGUAUCAGGAUUCUGGCUCCAACGACGUAUAUAUUCUUUGCUUCAGCAAUUCCAGUUAUAUCUUUUGGGGAGCAACUAGAAAGAGAUACCGAGGGAAGUCUAACGGCAGUGCAAACUCUAGCGUCAACCGCACUUUGUGGCAUCAUCCACUCCAUAGUUGGAGGGCAGCCACUUCUUAUUCUUGGUGUGGCUGAGCCAACCGUGUUAAUGUACACGUUUAUGUUCAAGUUUGCAAAGGAUCAAAAGGACCUAGGGAAGCCUCUUUUCCUAGCCUGGACCGGAUGGGUCUGUGUGUGGACUGCCUUUCUGCUGGUUAUGCUAUCGAUUCUGGGUGCGUGCUCUAUCAUCAAUAGAUUCACACGAAUAGCCGGUGAAUUGUUUGGUCUUCUAAUUGCAAUGCUCUUCAUGCAGCAAGCUAUUAAAGGAGUUGUGGAGGAGUUUGGUAUACCAGAAAGUGAAAAUCCUAAUCAGCCUGCUCUUCAACCUUCAUGGCGUUUUGGAAACGGAAUGUUUGCUUUGGUUUUGUCCUUUGGCCUUCUUCUUACUUCUAUAAAAAGCCGUAAAGCAAGGUCGUGGCGCUAUGGAACAGGGUGGCUAAGAGGACUUAUUGCGGAUUAUGGUGUCCCUCUUAUGGUAGUUGUUUGGACUGGGGUGUCAUACAUACCGACUAAAAGUGUCCCAGAAGGAAUACCAAGGCGGCUUUUCAGUCCGAACCCAUGGUCUCCUGGUGCUUAUUCAAAUUGGACUGUUGCAAAGGAUAUGUUGAAAGUCCCCCCUGUUUAUAUUAUUGGAGCAGUGGUUCCAGCCACCAUGAUUGCUGUGCUUUACUAUUUUGAUCACAGUGUUGCAUCUCAGCUUGCCCAACAAAAAGAGUUCAAUUUGAAGAAGCCUCCUUCAUAUCAUUACGACCUUCUUCUUUUAGGCUUUUUGACCUUACUAUGUGGGCUAAUUGGCAUUCCUCCCGCCAAUGGAGUUAUUCCACAAUCUCCUAUGCACACAAAGAGCUUAGCCACCUUGAAACAUCAGCUUCUACGGAAUAAACUUGUAUCUACAGCUCGAAGAAGCAUACGUGAAAACUCAAACUUGGGUGAACUGUACAGGAACAUGCAACAAGCAUACAACGAAAUGCAGACUCCGCUCGUUUAUCAGAAUCCAUCAACUCUGGGACUGAAAGAUCUAAAAGAAUCAACAAUACAACAAGCGUCCAGUGGUGGUUACAUCGAUGCACCCGUUGACGAAACUGUGUUUGAUGUGAAUAAAGAUAUCGAUGAUUUAUUGCACGUUGAAGUGAAGGAGCAACGGUUGAGUAAUUUACUACAAGCGUUGAUGGUCGGUGGUUGUGUUGCUGCCAUGCCGAUGCUUAAGAAGAUCCCGACGUCAGUUCUUUGGGGAUAUUUUGCUUUUAUGGCCAUUGAAAGCUUGCCCGGUAAUCAGUUUUGGGAACGAAUAUUAUUGCUUUUCACUGCUCCAAGCCGAAGAUACAAGGUCUUGGAAGAAAACCAUGCAACGUUUGUAGAAACCGUACCUUUCAAGACGGUUGCGGGUUUCACGUUGUUUCAGACGUUUUACUUGCUCGCUUGCUUUGGCAUAACUUGGAUCCCGAUAGCUAGUGUUCUUUUCCCACUUUUGAUCAUGCUUCUUGUUCCCGCAAGACAAUAUUUGCUUCCGAAACUUUUCAAAGGUGCUCAUCUUCAAGAUUUGGAUGCGGCUGAAUACGAAGAAUCCCCUCCUGCAACCUACAAUAUGGCCUUUGGUGAGGAAGAUGUUCAUUCCCAAGCAUCCCAAAUUGAUAGCGCAGAAGUUCUUGACGGAAUUAUAACAAGAAGCCGAGGAGAGAUCCGCCAUACUAACAGCCCAAAGAUCACAAGUUCAACCCCCCAAACUCCACGAGAAAUGCAGCCUUCAUAUAGCCCACGGGUGCAUGAGUUAAGGGUCAAGAGGAGCCCUAGAUCCCCAGGAAAGCGGCUAGAAAUCAAGCAAACUCCGAGUCCUGGUCCAUCGAAUCUUGGUGAAACCAGCAAGGGUUCUUCUUCAUGUUAAACCAUGAAAAACUUCAAAGGUUCUUGAGAGGUUCAAUUUUUACUUUUACUUGUGGUUUGUGUGUUUGAUGCUUUUUGUUAUAUGUGUUAAAAAAGUGUUGAUGGUUUGUAUCUUUUGUGUGUUUCAUUCUGUUGUAUGUGUGUAUGGUUUGGGCAGAAAACAAAGUGAUGAAAUUAUAAAGAAAUGAAGUUAUUUUUC